ACUUCAAACAGUAGAUUCUUUCCUAGUCACUGAAUACACACGAAUACCCUAAUUAAUUAUUAACUUGUUUGGCAAAAAUAAAUUUCUGCGACUGCCAAAUAAAUAAAUACUUAACUUUCUAAAGUUUAGGAAUACGAGGACCGGUGUUGAUGUCAUCGGUGUGAACCCAAAUUAUCUACAAUAACAAACUGCACAUGGCUUUCUAUGUUCUUUCGCAAUGAGUAACUUUUACUUUGAACACCUUAUACAAGCAGCUCAGAAGGGAAAUUUACAAUAUUUUAUUGACUAUAUUGAUAGUUUUCAGGAAGCUUGGUUGAUCAAGAAAUGUAAUAAAGCAGGGGACAACAUUAUUCAUUUAAUUGCUCGUUUCGGGCGUCUAAAUAUUCUAAAGUUUAUUAGCCAAGAACUUCUCAAUCGCCAUCUGGAAUGGACCUUAAACACUAAAAUUGUGUUCGAAUCCAUCAAUAAUGAUCGUAAAACACCGUUACACGAAGCUUCUCAAGCUAACCAAAUAGAAUGUCUACAGUUCUUGCUCAGCUUAUCUCUUAACGUGGACAGUAUGAAAAAAGGAGACUGGACACCAUUAAUGUUAGCUGCAGCUAAAGGAAACAAGGAAGUAAUCAAGAUUCUUUUAGAAAAUGGUGCCAACCCAGCAUUGGUCAACAAAGAUGGGUGGAAUUCUUUUCACAUUGCUGUUAGAGAGGGCAAGUUGGAUAUCGUUGAAAUUUUACUCAACAACAACCCUUCUAUAUGGAAAGUUUCCAGUAAAAAUCAACGCACACCUUUACAUACUGCAGCACUUCAUGGUUGUCAAGAAGUCACACAAUGGUUGCUGUCUGACUGCUGUCAUCCAGUUGAUGUAAGAGAUGCAUGUGGAACGACCCCGUUGAUGGAUGCCAUUCGUAAUGGUCAUACAGAGGUGGCCGAGAUGAUGAUAAAGGAGUUUCAGGCUGACAUAAAUCAACAUGAUACACUUGGCUAUCAACUGCUGCACAUAGCUGCACACAGUGGAAAGUUGCAGUCUGUUGCUUAUUUGCUGAAUGAACUACAUGUGGAUCCCAUGCCAACUUCCCACAAGAAAGUCACUCCUCUUCAUUUAGCAGCAAAGGAAGGGCACCUGGAAGUUAUCAAAUACUUGAUAGCACAUGGAGCUGAUAGAAAUACCACUGAUGAUAUGGGAAGGAAACCUUUGGACAUGGUUUCUGUUAACCAUAAAUGCUGUAUGGAUAUACUUCAAAAUAGAACUGCUGAUGCUGCAGAGAAUAGCAAUAGUUUGGGCUGAAAUUUUAAGUGUUGGUAAUUUUUCCAGCUUGGAAAGUAUUUAACUGCAGCAAUUACAGAUCCAGUCCCUGAAGGAAGAAAAACAAUUAUCAAUGUUUGUGACAUCUGUGAAAUGUUUUAAAGUAUUCACCUCCAUUUUCCUUAACUCACUGUAUUGUAUUUACUUGGACUGGAUUUUCACAGCUUGGAUAGAUAAGGAACUGUAUGUUUAACAUCCAUUUUUCCAUGCUUGCACGGGUUGGACUGGUAUUUAUUUGAGGCAAUAUUUUACAGUCUGGUGCUUUUCAACCUUUAGUUGUUUUUUGAGUAAGGGGAUUUUUGAAUUUUGCUAAAUUUCAAAAGUGCAAACAGUCUCAUGGGAAUAAGCUGAACUGACAACACUCAGGCACACACAGAAUAGGUUUCCAUACUGUUUCCAGUCUACCACUUCUACUCAUGCACACACACACACACAUCAAUGGCUUUAAUCAGCUCUUUAGCAACCUCUAAUGCAUCUAAUUCCUCAAUCACAGGCAGGCAUUCUGAGAACAUUCACUUUUCCAUGGUUACACGAGUCAGACAAUAUACUUGAUACAGAUAGAUUUUCUAUGAGCAGAUGGUCUUCCUGUUGCUAACUCUCACUCAUUUCCAAGUAAAGUAAUAAAGGCAGCGGUAUUUCAUCUGUCUUUACAUUCUGAGUUCAAAUUCCGCCGAGGUUGACUUUGCCUUUCAUCCUUUUGGGGUCGAUAAUUUAAGUAACAGUUGCAUACUGGGGUCGAUCUAAUCAACUCCUCACCCCAAAUUUUCAGGCCUUGUGCCUAGAGUAAAAAAGAAUAUUUCUUUUAGUCCUUGAAAUAUGAACAGCUCAAAAGUAGGACAUGUUUUCACAGAAGAUUCCAAGUAAAUUACACCAUUUUUAUGUGAAUACUGACUUUGUUUACAAUCAGCACACAAUCAUUAAUUGAUGAGCUCUUUGAACACUUUAGCCCUUUAGCAGCUACAUUGGCCAUACCUCAUCCAAACAUUCUACUUGUUUUAUGUUCAAAUUGGCCAGAUCUGGUCUCUCACAUGUACCCUACAAUGUCAUUCUAAAAAUAAACAAUCACAAGAUUAGGCAUAAUUCAUUCAAAACAACAUGAAUAAACAAGCAUUACAUUUGACGAAGUAAUCUGAAUGCUAAAGGGUUAAGUAAUUAUAUGUGAUAUAUAUGAAACAAAACAACUAGAUAUGUGUAGUUUGUCAAUAUGUGACAUUUUUUAAUACUUGACUGAUUUACAAAUAAAAGCUUGAAUAUUG